AUGCCUGCUCCAACCCAGAUGUCUGUAGCACCAGCUCCACCACAUCUGCCUGCCAUACUGGCUUCAGUCCAGGACCCACCAGCACCUCAGCCCCCCAGUGGCUCCUCCUCCCCAGGGCCUCAUAGCAGUUCCUCCUCUCCAGGCCCCCCCAGCACCUCCUCCUCCCCACGGUCUCUCAGCGGCUCCUCCUCUCCAGGUCCCCCCAGUGGCUCCUCCUCCCCAGGGCCCCCCAGCAGUUCCUCUUCUCCAGGCCCCCCCAGCACCUCCUCCUCCCCAGGGUCUUCCAGUGGCUCCUCCUCUCCAGGCCCCCCCAGUGGUUCAUCCUCUCCAGGUCCCCCCAGUGGCUCCUGCUCCCCAGGGCCUCCCACCAGUUCCUCUUCUCCAGGCUCCCCCAGCACCACCUCCUCUCCAGGUCCCCCCAGCGGUUCAUCCUCUCCAGGCCCCCCAGCACCUCCCCCUCUCCAGGUCCCCCCAGUGGCUCCUCCUCUCCAGGCCCCCCCAGUGCAUCCUCCACUUCAAGCACCUGCAGGACCAUGA